UCCCAGCUCCUACAGCCCGUGCUGAGGCAGGCAGGCCAGUAGCGGCUCCUGCAGCCCGUGCUGAGCGGGAGGCUGGGCCUGCGGGAGCUGGGAGCACCGGCUCUCAUUCACCCCAGUGCUUACGGCGGUAUUUCGCUGAUCCGGGACGCCGGCUGGGGGGCAGCUGGCGCCACCGGGUGCUCGGAGGCGCGGGAAGCACCGGGCGGGCACACCGGGAGCCCCUCAUGCCGCAUCACCGCGCCCCGGGCCCGCCGCCACUGCCACCCCCGCCACCCUGGGAGCCACCACCGCGAUCAGAGCGCGCGGAGGUUUGAACCGCGCCGGCCACCGUACGGGGGAGGUGCCACUGCUGCUUCCGCGAGAGGUGGCCUCCGCCGCGCAUGGAGGAGCUGCCCGUCGUCGUUCUCCUGCUCCUCCUCCUCUCCUUACUGCUUGUCCCGUUGGUGCUCCUGGGCAGGAGGCCCCGCGGUCGGCGGACGCCUCCGUUCAGUCUCCUAGUGGUGGCCGGCUCUGGUGGGCACACAACAGAAAUCCUGAGGUUACUUAGCUGUUUGUCAGAGUCAUACUCUCCUAGACAUUAUGUUUUGGCAGACUCAGAUAAGAUGAGUGAAGCUAAAAUACGUUCUUUUGAACAAAAAAGGGCUGAAACAUUCUCCGAGUCCCAGUUCAGCCUUGAUCGCAUUCCCAGGAGCCGGGAGGUUAGACAGUCUUGGGUCUCCUCUGUGCUAACAACACUAUACUCCAUACUUUACUCUCUUCCUCUCACCUACAAACGGAAACCAGAUUUGAUAUUGUGCAAUGGCCCAGGAACAUGUGUUCCUGUCUGUUUAUCUGCUUUUCUUCUUGGCCUUCUACGAAUAAAGAGAACAAUCAUUGUGUAUGUAGAGAGCAUCUGCCGUGUGGAAACUUUAUCCCUGUCUGGAAAGAUUCUUUACUACUUUUCAGAUUAUUUCAUUGUUCAGUGGCCUGAGCUGAAGAAAAAAUAUCCCAAGUCAGUAUAUCUUGGUCGAAUAGUGUAACAGCAGAAGACAAGCUAAACUUUACCUGAAUAGACUCUACAAGCUCCUCACUUGCAUUCCUGCAGUAAUUUAUUUCCAAGAAUUCCUGUUAAGAAAUUAGGCUGGUGCUUAUAAAUGAGACAAUAAAGAUUUCUCUACAUUUAAGUAAAAUUUUUGUGUAUCUGUAUUUAUUGCUAUCAUGUAGGACAGUUCACCAAUAAACUCAUAGUGGCUCUAA